UCUACAGCUGUGCAGAUGAUUGGUGGUGCCCGUCACAGAUUCAUACCGAAACAGAGAUUGAUCCCCACACGACAAAGCAAGAGGAGCUGGAAUGAACCACAGAGGACACUGCUCAAAUCAGAUGACAAAACAAAUCCAAUGAGUGAGAGGAUACUGAUUGUUCAACUCUUUGCUGGACUCAUUCUCAUUGUGACAGGUGAAACAACCCCCUGUCCCAUUGAGUUGAGUCCCUCGUCGGUUGUGGUGAAAUAUGGAGACCCAGUUUCAGUCAACUGUUCUUCAUCACGGAGUGACAUUGAAGGAAUUGGCUGGGAGGCAGUUGGAGGAACAGGACUCAAAAAGGUCACUCAUUUGACAUGGACGAUAGAGAGCCUCACAGAAUGGGGUAUCAAACCCAUGUGCUAUUUAACACCUCUAAAUGGUGAAACCUGUGUGGCUGAUCUUGACGUUAUUCUUUACUCCUUCCCAGAAAACAUCAGCAUCAGUUCCAGCAGCUUGAACGGUGUGAUGACAGAAGGGGAGACACAUAACUUUACAUGUGACAUCCCCAAUGUUGCACCAGGUCGGAAUCUGACAGUACGGUGGUACAAAGAUGACGAAUUUAUCUUUGAAAACAUUCUAAACAGCUCCAGCCUGAAACCCACGAAUGAGACAAUUUUCUACCCAUUUUUACCGCGGAGACAAGACAACAGAGCCACAUUCAGAUGUGAGGCAUUUAUGGACUUAGGGCCAAAGGGGCCACAGUUAAAUGUAUCUUCACAAGGCUAUAGCAUUGAAGUUUUAUUUGGACCGGAUAUUAGGUGUUCAGAUCUGACCGUACAGGAAGGGGAAACUUUAGAAGGGAAAUGCUAUGUGACUGGAAAUCCCAGGCCAAAAGUUGAGUGGCUGAAAAAUCAACUUCCUAUAAGCUUGAGCAUUCCCCUAAGAAGAAACGAUACCGGAAUAUACACAGUUCAAGCUGAAGGGCGGGUUAAAGCCAAUAAGACCUUCCAGGUUUCAGUGUUUUACGGCCCAGAGAAGACGUGUCUGAGCACUUUAACUGUAGCAGAGAACACCCGUCGCUUGCCAUGUACUGAAGGCUUUCCCGAACCUUCUGAGAUCUGGUACAAAGAUGAGGAGGAGGUGGAGCUACCAGAAUACCUUACAAGGAGAGAUGCAGGCCAAUACAUUGUCAGAUCGUUCAAUCAUGUGUCAAGCAUCAACUUCACAGUGAAUGUGAUUGUGUUAUAUCCACCUACUGAUAUAGUCGAGCUUGAAAGUGCCGACGUCCAACUUGGAGCCACUUUGGACCUGAAAUGCUCUUCAAUGGGUGGCCCGCGACCGGAUUACUCCUGGACUUACUACCGAAUGGCCAAUGUGGUGGAGAAAACAGAAGAUGGAGUUUCCCGUUUGACAAUCCAUAAUGCUACCGGAUUAAACAUGGGCUCUUACACGUGCCAUGCUUGGAACGAAGCAGGAAAUGUCUCUAAAACUGUCAGGGUCACCGUGAAAAGUAAACGAGGGCUAAGAGCUGCCCGGACAUAUUUGCUACAUUUGUUUGUUUGUUUGUUUUGUUUUUACGUUUUAAUGGAGGACUUCAGCUGUCGUCGCUUACUUUCCAUCUUUUGGACUUUAGAGCUCCUCCUGUCGCUUUCUAACGGUUCUGAGUCGAGUGCAAAGCAAGAAUGUCCAAUUCAAAUAACUCCAGACGCCAUGGUGUUGCAAUACCAAAGCUGGAAGCAGCAAGCAACAUGCGAGCCAACGUCAACGGAAUACUCAAAUGUGAAGGAAAUAUACUGGAAAGCCAAUCAGAGCAGCAUAAACAGCACAAAGUGGACUCCAGACACAAAGGAGGACUGGGACCCAAAGCCUGUUUGUCAUGGGGUCUUUAACGGAAUAGGGGAGUGUCAAAAACCUUUGCACUACACACUGUACAAAACACCAGAUGCUGUUACCAUCAACUCUUUGGGGGAUGCAAGUUCUGCCUAUGAGGGCAUGGAGCUGCAGCUGCAGUGUGAAGUUGUCGAUGUGGCUCCAGCUCAAAGCAUCACCGUGCGGUGGAUGGCGUCCAAAGGCAAUAGAACCAUUGAACUUGACUUGAUGGAGGAAAAUGGCACAAGUUGCAACAAAAGUGAGAUGAGACAUCCAGUAAACGUGUUGUGCACCACAAAGAUCACGCUGAAGAGGACUCACGAUGGAGUCAACAUCCGAUGUGAGGCUCAGCUGAACCUCCCACAAGCUGGAAGACACUCUCCACCAAGCAUGUUCUCCGACUCUUUAAACGUCUCCGUCUGCUAUAAACCUGAGAUAAAUACCACCAAGCUUGCUGGCACAGUUCCACUCUUCACAGGUUAUGAUGAAGACCUUGUUUGUGAGGCGGAUGGCAGCCAACCAUUAAAUAUUACCUGGAGCUACAUGUCAGCCACCGGACCUAUAGAGUUUUUCAACAAAACUCUGCGUGUGUCUGCAGCAGGUUACUACAACUGCACUGUCCGUAAUCCAUGUGGUUCAACGACACACAUGGUCAAGGUGAUCUUUAAAGAGGACUACCUUCCUCUCAUCGCUGGAUUUGUGGCUCUCACAGUGAUUAUCAUUUCCAUCAUUUUCAUCUUCAUUUACUCCAUCUACUACAAGAACACCAAGAUGCGCCGCUACAGCCUUAAAAACCCCAAACUCAGCACCCACAAUGGGAACGUGGCUCACAACGGCUGGGACACGCAGUUCCCCAUGACCAAACUGUCCAACCUGCAAAGUACAGCCAUAAAUGGGGACAACAGCAUCCGGACUCUGACCUUUGCCCUUCAGGGGGUUUACACUUGCAAUGUCUCAAACUCUCAGGGCAACACCAUCAAGUAUUUCAUUCUUGAAGAAGCUGAAAUUUCAGGUGAAGGAUGCUCUCUGGUCCUUAAGCCUUCCAGGGUUGUGGUGGGCUUUGGGGAAUCAGUGUCAGUCAGCUGUGAAGCCACACGACCGGUUCGUGUGCUGGGCUGGGAAUCCGUCAUCGGUGCCUCAUACACACAAGAAGACCGCUCUGUCCAGUGGAAGGUUGACAGCCUAAUAGAUUGGAUUGAGGAGCCUAUAUGCUAUGGGGUGUUUUUCACAGCUCCACGACAGUGUGAGGAGAAACUCAACCUGGUUCUCUAUAAAACUCCAGACAGAGUCUCCAUCAGGCAGGUGAACCACAGUGGCCCCAUGGUGGAAGGGAAAGAGUAUGAGCUGCUCUGCGAAGUUCAGAAUAUUGCUCCUGUUCAAUAUCUCACCCUGAGGUGGUACAGAGGGCAGACAGAGGUUUAUACACACUCAUUUGUUGACCUAACGUCUUCCUCGCCCGUCCAAGUCUCGUCCACCCUCGUAAUCACUCCAACUCAAAGCGAAAAUGAAGCAGAGUAUAAGUGUGUGGCAGAGCUGGAGCUCGGACCUGAGGGGCCACAGCCACCUCCUUCUGUGACCUCAGAGCCUCUCAUUGCAUCUGUGUACUUUCCUCCAACAAUCCUGAGCCCUGAAACAGAAGUUUUGAACUUAACUAUGGGUAACGAAAUCACCCUAAACUGCACAGCCACAGGAAACCCUGCACCUGUUUACACGUGGCAAUCCUUGCAUCCCAUGCAGGAGAAGAUGAUGGAUGAAGCUGUUGUUACUUCUUCUUCACUUCUCCCAGGGACCUACACCUGCACAGCCUCCAAUCUACUGGAUCAGAAAAGCAAGCAGUUCCUUGUCAAAGCAAAAACCAAAGGUAUCUAAGACAAGCUACCUUGCUUCAGGGUCAGAAGACUACAUCCGGCAUGCAGAGAGCAUUGCUCUUAGCAGAUUUUACUGUUGUUUUCAACACGGAAAUGAUGCAACAUUUAUGAUUCGGUGGAUAUUUAUGUAAAGUUAGAUUUCACAGACAAGACCACAUUAAAAAAAGGUCUUUGGAAAUUUCAUUUUUUAAUGUGUUAGAUACAUUUUUUAGAAUUGUAAUUAUCUUUUGUUUGUUUGUGUCCAACUGUAUGUGAUUUUCUUGAUCUGGUUUAUGUCUUGACUAUAUGUUUUCUUGACUAACAAAAUAUAAUCAUUGCAAAUAAAAAAAGACUCAAUGACAAUAUUUCAGUGGUUGCCAUUGUACAUAUGAACUGUUUGUUAAUUUUCUUAUCUUUAUCAAUAAAAGCAAAACAUCAAAAAAG